CACGGUGCUGCGGGGCCGGCGCGAUGCGGCAGCUGUGCCGGGGCCGCGUGCUGGGCAUCUCGGUGGCCAUCGCGCACGGUGUAUUCUCGGGCUCCCUCAACAUCCUGCUCAAGUUCCUCAUCAGCCGCUACCAGUUCUCCUUCCUGACCCUGGUGCAGUGCCUGACCAGCUCCACAGCGGCGCUGAGCCUGGAGCUGCUGCGGCGCCUUGGGCUCAUCGCUGUGCCCCCCUUCGGCCUGAGCCUGGCGCGCUCCUUCGCGGGGGUCGCAGUGCUCUCCACACUGCAGUCGAGUCUCACGCUCUGGUCCCUGCGCGGUCUCAGCUUGCCCAUGUACGUGGUCUUCAAGCGCUGCCUGCCCCUGGUCACCAUGCUCAUCGGCGUUCUGGUGCUCAAGAACGGCGCACCCUCGCCAGGGGUGCUCACGGCCGUGCUCAUCACCACCUGCGGCGCCGCCCUGGCAGGAGCGGGCGACCUGACGGGAGACCCCAUCGGGUACGUAACGGGUGUGCUAGCGGUGCUAGUGCACGCCGCCUACCUGGUGCUCAUCCAGAAGGCGAGCGCAGACACAGAUCAUGGGCCGCUCACCGCGCAGUAUGUCAUUGCCAUCUCUGCCACGCCACUGUUGGUGGUCUGCUCUUUCGCCAGCACUGACUCCAUCCACGCCUGGGCCUUUCCUGGCUGGAAGGACCCCGCCAUGGUCUGCAUCUUCGUGGCCUGCAUACUGAUCGGCUGCGCCAUGAACUUCACCACUCUACACUGUACCUACAUCAACUCAGCCGUGACCACCAGCUUCGUGGGCGUGGUGAAAAGCAUCGCCACCAUCACGGUGGGCAUGGUGGCUCUCAGCGAUGUGGAGCCCACCUCUCUGUUCAUUGCCGGUGUCGUGGUAAACACCCUGGGCUCCAUCAUUUACUGUGUGGCCAAAUUCAUGGAGACCAGAAGGCAAAGCAACUAUGAGGACCUGGAGUCGCAGCCCGAGGGAGAGGAAACGCAGCCAAGUGGAGACCAGCUGCCUUUCGUGAUGGAAGAGCUUCCCGGGGAGGGUGGAAAUGGGGGGACAGAGGGUGGGGAGGAAGCAGGUGGCUCCACUCAGCAGAGUGGACCAGAGUUGAGGGGCAGCCCCCGAGGGGUCCCACUGGUGGCUAGGAGCUCAAAGAUCUCAGACACCUCUGAAGAAGGGAGUAAAAGGUCCUUAAAAGACGCUUACCUGGAAGUGUGGAGGUUAGUUAGGGGAACCAAGUAUAUGAAGAAGGAUUAUUUGAUAGAAAAUGAGGAGUUACCCAGUCCUUGAGAAGGACAUGCACGUAUGUACACAUGUACAUACAGCUAUUUUAUAUGUUAAAAAUAAUAUAUUUUAAUGAGGGGCCUCCCAGCUUUAUUCUUUAAGGAGUGGUUAAGGAAAGCAAAGAAAGAAGUUCAAAGGACCUACAGCAACAAAAUUAGCACCUACGUGCAUUAUUUAGCAUGACUGAGGCAUCACAGAGAAAAAAAACAUGUGAAGGUGCUUAACAAAGUGAAACAGCACUUUCAGCUUCAAACUCCUGGCACACUUAGUUAUUUAUUUUUGUCUUUAUAACCAUAACCAAAAAUCUGCAUGUAUCAAGAGUCCCUCAACACCCUCUCCAAAGAUGGAGCAUAGAAAUGAUGACAGCACUUACUGAGUUCAAAGAUUACAUUCAGGGGCACACUUUUGGUGAUAAGACUAGUUUCUAUUAUCAGCUAGGCAGAGUAUAGUGUUAAAAGGACAAUGUAAAUACACUAGAUUGAUAUUUACUGUUUAGAGUCAUCUGAAAUAUUAUGUUUACUCUAAUUUUUCUUCACUGGUUUUAAAAAAUUAGUAUUCUAAUGUUCUAUUAAAUAUUAGUGGAAAAUGUUGAAGCUAUUUUGAAACUAUGAGUUCUUAGCUUUAUAAUUAUGAAGUCUAGUAAUUACAAAAAUAUUUAAAAUGUUGUUUUGAUUCCUGGCUUUAUAGUAUUUAUUCUUGAAUGCCACAACCUUUUUAAAAGCCAGUUUUACUGUGUAAUAUUUUUUCAAGCAAAUGCAAUGGCUGAGAUUAAAAUACAUUUUUGCCUGUAGCCCAGUCAGAAGAGAGACCAUGGGUUAAGGCCAUCCCAAGUCGCACUGCAUAUUCCAAAUCAUGUUACAAAAAGAGCAACUGCUAUAUUCACAUUAUGGUAUUUUUCUAUCUUAAAUUUGUCAAAAUAAAGUAUGAGUCUGUAUGUUAAAAGAUAAUAUUGUUAGAAAUUUGUUUCAGACACACUCAUGCUCUCUUGUUGCUGUGUAGUUUGUGUUUGCCUAUGAUGUGUGGAUGUAGUACCUGGUGGGUGGGUGACAGCCCAUUGGGAACUCUGUAAAUUAACAUGGCAGUUUGGCUUAAAACA